CCAUGUGCUCAAACAAACAAAUGCUUGCGCAUGCUCCCCAAGGCCUUCAGGCAUGCGCCCUGGCCACCCCCGGAAGUAGUUUUGUACUGGCUGGGCUUCACGUGGAUGGAGAUGGAGAAGGACCUCGGCCCUAGCGCCGGGCCAGAUGCGGAUCUAAGCUCACGAGGCUUCGGGUGCAGCCUCCGGCAUUUCGCCUGCGAGCAGAACCUGCUCUCCCGACCCGAUGGCUCCGCCUCCUUCCUGCAGGGUGACACAUCGGUCCUUGUUGGCGUCUACGGUCCAGCAGAGGUCAAAGUCAGCAAGGAGAUCUUCAACAAGGCCACCCUGGAGGUGAUCCUGAAGCCCAAGAUCGGGCUGCCUGGAGUAGCAGAGAAAAGCAGAGAGCGGCUGAUCCGGAACACGUGUGAGGCUGUCGUGCUGGGGACGCUGCACCCCCGAACUUCCAUCACCAUCGUACUGCAGAUCGUCAGUGAUGCCGGCUCUCUGCUGGCCUGCUGCCUGAAUGCGGCCUGCUUGGCCCUGGUGGACGCCGGUGUGCCCAUGAAGGCAUUAUUCUGCGGGGUCACCUGUGUCCUUGACCCAGAUGGCGGCCUUGUCCUUGACCCCACAGCCAAGCAGGAGAAGGAGGCUCGGGCCAUCCUGACCUUCGCCCUGGACAGCACUGAACAGAAGCUGCUCAUGUCCACUACCAAAGGCCUGUACUCUGUGGCCGAGUUCCAGCAGUGUCUCGCCGCUGCCCAGCACGCUUCCCAUCACAUCUUCAGGUUCUACAGAGACUCUUUGCAGCGACGCUAUUCCAAGAGCUGACCUGGGCGUGGAGCCGGGCCAGGAAGGGGCUGAGUGCGGUGGUCUCAGGCCUCUUCUCAGCUCUGAACACUCCCCAUCUGCCUCGUGAAUCUGUCUGAGAUUUUGUCUGUUCCUGCUGGGAGCUCUGGGAGGGAGUUGGGCAAGAUCCCCGGGGCUCCCUCUCUGGGCCUCAGUUUCCCCAUCAGUCAGGUCCAGUACUCAAACCCUGUCAUCCUGUUGUUCCUGCCCAGACACGUAGGUGCUGGGGAAUGGGAGGGAGCAGGCAUCUGUGUGGUGGCUACCGUGCGCUAGGCACCGAGCUUAGAAUUUUACAGAUUGGUCUCUUUAAUCCUUACAAUAGCCCUGGGAGGGAGGUGCUGUUAUUAUCCCCAGUUUACAUUUGAGGAAACUGAGGCAGGUGAAGUGACUUGCCCAGGGUCCCACUGUCAGUACUCGUCUUGAGGCUGGAUUUGAGCCUGACCUCAGGGAACUUGUUCUUUCCUGGAGGGAUAAUUCAGAUCAAGGACUUUUGGGGAAGGGAGAGUGCUAACAUCUGAUUGGCACCUGGAAACCGUCCUAUGGGGAAAGAAAAUAAGAUUGGUGCGGGCAGAGACUGUUUCUGUGUGCCCAGGGCCUGGCACACAGUAGGCACUCAA